AAGGUCAGCAUAUUCCUACGAAUUAUCCUAUUCAACAUGAAUUGGUCAUUACACGUUUAAAUCUUAGUAGAAAUGUAAGAGAUCAAGUUAUUUUAAGUAGACGUGUGGAUGGAUGUACAGCGAAGGAAAUAAAACUCAAACUUUUAGCCCCAUUCAAUGGUAUGCCAAAAGAACAAUUAGAACAACAAGAACAAUAUGGAACUAAUAUAUGUCCAUGGACAAUUUUACAUAGAUUAGUUAUAGAUGAAUUGAAAAAAAGAGGCUUUGUUUUCUAUUAUCAACAAGAGGACCUUAUUCUCCCUUCAAAUUCACCAGAAUACUAUUAUCAACUUACUGUAAGUGAUAAUAUGUGGCUCGAACAAGCACGAGACUAUGGAUCGUUUUGUUUUGGUAUAGAUGCAAAGUACAACCUUAAUAACAAUCGAGCACCUAUUCAUACUCUUGUAGUAGAGGAUUGUGGUAACUGGGGUACACCCAUAGAAUUCAUAUUGUCUAACAAAGAGAACAUGCAUAUAAUAAGGCUUGCGGUCGAAGUAAUAAAGGCAAAUAUAUCUUGUAAAAAUAUGAAUUGUGAACAUUCAUAUGAAUACGUUAUACUGCCUAAUAAUAAGAGAUUUAAACGCAUACGAUUAUGUGCAAUUGAAUGGAAACCUUUUGCUAUGAUAGACAAACAUUAA